AACCCUCAACAGAGAUAACAAAAAAAAAUAAAACGCAGAGGCUAAUUGUGAAAGCGAAAUAAAAAAGAACUGUGAUAGAAAAAGGAUAAUCAAGGGGGUAGAAAACUAAACACAGAAAGAGGACCCUACUCCUGCCAGCUGGAAAAUAAUAUACAAUUUUAAUAAAACUAAAACCCGAAGCAAAUUAAAAAGCAAGCGACGCCAAAUGCGGCACUAAAAGUAAUUAGCGACAGGAGCUACAGGAGUUGGCAAUAAAAACAAAGCAGAGGUGUAAUAAAUGAUGUUGCAAUCCUUGAGUCUGCACGCGGAUAAACUAAGCGGCAAUCCACCAGCAGCAGCAACAACAACAGCAGCAACACAAGCAACAUCAGAGGGAACAACAGCAACAGCAACAACAAUGCUAACAACAGCACCUGUUGCCCAUGUUGCUAAUGGCAACAACAGCAAUUCGAGUGCCGGCAGCAACAGCAGCAUCAACAACAACAGCCUUUACAACAAUAACAAUUUAAAUACCGGCAACAAUAGCCAGCAGCAGCAGCAACAACAGCAACAACAACAACAUCAGCAGAUAAAGCCGGUCAAGUUCGAGUAUUUAGAGAAUCUAACGAGCUCGGGAGCAACUUCAGGUGCCAUCGCAGCGACAACAACUUUUACGGGCGCUGCAAAAAGUUUUCAUCCCUAUUUGCGGCCCACCGGCAACAGCAACAACAUCAACAGUAAUACCAAUAUCCCAGCAUUAUCUACAACAACACCAACGCCAGCAACAGCGGCAAAAAUGUCGACAACAUUGUUCGAAACACUCUUGCACAACCAAAUAAAUUCCAGCCCAACAGCACUGCCAGCAGCAACAGCAAUCGCAGCUAUAUCUGCAGCAGCAACACCAGGCACCGCAGCAACCGCAACAGCAGCAGCAGCAUCAGCAGCAGCAACGGCGGCACCGUCAACCCAGCUGAAUUCCAGCAUUAAUUCCAGAACUUCAUUAGGCGACCAGGGUGGUGCAAUUGUUGUUACCCCUGCACCGCCCGUUGUUGCACCACUGCCACCCAUCAUCGGUUCAGCUAGCAACCAAAGUCCCAUUCGUGAGCCCUCAAUUAAGAUGGAAAUGAUGGAGACCAACAGUCCGGAUUCGAUCAAGGAUCAGCCGGAUGCGGACAAUAUUAAGAUGUUCGUAGGCCAAAUACCUAAGACCUGGGACGAGUCGAGGCUCCGGCAAAUGUUUGAGCAGUUCGGACCCGUGCACACAUUGAAUGUGCUCCGGGACAAGGUCACAUCGAUUAGCAGAGGGUGCUGUUUUGUCACCUACUUUACAAGAAAGGCCGCCCUGCGCGCCCAGGAUGCGUUGCACAACAUCAAGACCUUGGAUGGGAUGCACCAUCCCAUUCAGAUGAAGCCGGCGGAUAGUGAGAACAGAAAUGAGCGUAAACUUUUCGUUGGCAUGCUGAACAAAAAGUACACCGAGGCCGAUGUGAGGCAGCUUUUCACGGGCCACGGCACCAUCGAGGAGUGCACGGUGCUCCGGGAUCAGGCCGGUCAGAGCAAGGGCUGUGCCUUCGUCACAUUCGCCACCAAACAGAACGCCAUUGGAGCUAUUAAGGCCCUCCACCAAAGUCAGACCAUGGAAGGCUGUUCAGCUCCGCUGGUCGUGAAAUUCGCGGACACCCAAAAGGAAAAAGACCAAAAGAAGAUGCAGCAGAUUCACGCUAUUUGUGGCAUCAAUACCCCUAGUGGAGCAACUGCAGGAGCGGUGACGCCCACCAUUAAUGCGGCAACGGCUCUAAUAGCUGCUCAGCCCACUGCGGGACGUCCCAAUCCGUCGAUGGCCGCCGCUUUGGCGGCAGUGCCUCAGGUUCAGCCGGCUGGAGCCGCAACGGCACAGACCACUCUCGUUCCACUGAACUCCUCAACUGCUCUGAGUGCAUCUUUGGCGCCCAAUCUCCUCGCCAGCAAUCCCCACCAAGGAGCAGCCGCAGCCUAUUUGGGGGCGGAUCCCGCAGCGGCGGCACAUCUCCAUCUCUACCAGCAACUUCACGGAUACGGACUGAGUCCAGCGCACUAUCUGCAAGGACUAAAUUUCCACCACCCACCGGAAAACAGUGCCCACCACAGCCAGCACAGUCCCACCAUCGGCGCCGCAUCAGCAGCAUCUCUAUCGGCUGCAGCAGCAGCAGCAGCAGCAGCAGCAUCUCACCAACUUGGCGGCGGCGGCGGCGGCCCACCACCACCCACACCACCCACAAGUGCCGCCGGGCAUGCUGCUGGCGCUGGACUGCUCGCCGCUCCAUCCAUGUCUAUGCAGAAUCUGGUAACCCUACUAGCCACGCCCUCCGCCCACCAGCAGUUGACCCUUCACCAUAGCAGCAAUAGCAGCAGCAGCGCCAGCAACAAGAACACCAUCUCCGCCAGCGGCUAUCCCAACCAUCGACUGGCCUACGCCGCUGCACCACCACCACCACCACCCACGGCGGGCACCUACAACAUGUCGCAGCUAAUCGGUCACACGGCCACGCCCACUCAGCCAGGGGGCACCGGCCAAAUGCUGACCUUGAAUGCGCUGUGGCCCACAAGUACUGCUGAUCCCUAUUCACCAUCCCUGAGUGGACUGACAAAUGGAGCUGCCUACGGAGCUGCCUCCCAACCUCUGACUGCCAGCGCCAUUCAAGCAGCAGCUGCUGGCGUGGCUGGCAAGCAGAUAGAAGGUCCCGAUGGCAGCAAUCUAUUCAUUUAUCAUCUACCUCAGGAGUUCAUUGACACAGAUCUCGCGUCGACAUUUCUCCCCUUCGGCAAUGUCCUCUCCGCCAAGGUGUUCAUCGAUAAGCAGACCAACCUGUCGAAGUGCUUCGGCUUCGUGUCCUACGACAAUCCACAUUCGGCCAACGCGGCCAUCCAGGCGAUGCACGGCUUUCAAAUUGGCACCAAGCGGCUGAAGGUCCAACUGAAACGUUCCAGGGAUGCGGCCAAGCCGUACUAGGCAGCUACAAGAAUCAAGGGGCGUGGCCAUGGCACCCAGCACACAACAAUAAUAAUUCACAAAAACAUUAAAUGGAUGGAUGAAACUCUAGUUUAGACAAUUGUGCCUUUUUAGCAACGUUCAGAAACCAAAGGACCAAUUACAAAAAUGUAUCUGAUAAGUGAACACAAAACUAAAGAUAAACAGAAAGCUUACAAAUAAAGUUCUCGAGUGCACAAAAAAAGGAAAAACAAGAAGAAUAAAACCGCAAAAAUCAACCCUACCAAAGAAGUAGCUUAGAAGUUGCAUCCUUCUUGUAAUCACAUUUGCUGAAUACCAACAAUCAUUUUCAUUAAAUCAAUCAAACUAUCUAACGUGGUCGGCAAACAAAUCCUGAAAAUAAAAUAUAAUAUAAAGGAAAUUCAGAUUAAGCUGCGUUGUGGCGCCAAAGUAUUUUUCAAAGCCAAAUAGUUAAGCAAACAAAAGGAAAAACUAAAAACUAAAAACUAAAACCUAAAAACAGAAGAUGAGAAAAUCUAAUUUUUGCACUAAACAAACAAUAAAACUUAGAAAGUAAUGUUUAGGCUACAGUUAAGGUAAUAAAUAUAUGAAUAAAAUGUAGUAGGGUGAAAAGCCAACAAAAACAUUCGAAAUUCCGUUCGUAGUGAGAAACAUUCAAAGGGAUAGCUAAAAAUAUUAAAACUAUACAUUAAAAAAUUCUUCAAAACCCAUGUGAAAAAACUAAAGUUUCUAGAAAACUGAAGCUAAACACUUCUGGUUUAGCUUCUUCGUCUCUAUUUCAAAUCUAUUUUAUAUUCAUUGAUAGUUGAAAACUAUAAACAUACGAAGCAAACUUAAAACAUUUUGUCAAAUUUGUACUUAAAUUGCACUUGAUGUUAGAGGGCAAAAUUAAACUGAACUAAAGUCCGAAGAAAUGUAAGUGUAAACAAUUUAGCUUGUAAUUAGUUUAACAUUUUACUGAAAAGUGUAAAAAUGAAGCAGUCAAGCGGUUUCAAAGAUUUACAAAUAAAAUAUGAAAUAUUUAAAAAUA